AUGGCGACGACAACGUUGACAACAAGAGUGCGCCUCUUUCGGGCUUGCACCUUUGGCUUGUGGGCGGUUCAGUUUGGGUUUUUGCUUGGCUCGAUCGCUUAUUGGGCCUUUUCUGAUCCAGCUAGCAAGGACCCCAAGGCAGUACCGUUGGCUUGCUUGAUCAUCAUUUUGCCCGGCCUCACUUUAGAAGCCGUUCUCAUUCUCAAGACGGCUUCUUACACGCCCUAUCUAUCUUCACACGUGCAAUGGUUCGACGCCCUCUUCGACGAAUCGACCUUGGCGCUAGAGAUCCUCCACCUGAUCUGGCUCACUGUCACCAUCGUCGUCUCUCGUGCAGUCUACAUGGACGUGGUUGUCCAGGGAGGCCCCAUCCGAGACAUCAUCAGCUUCCUGCGUCAACACCCUCCCUUGACAGACGCAGCACUCGCCCGUAUCUGUCUUGUUUAUUUUCUUUUGUCCUACGCGAGCUUGGUAAUCUGGGUCUGGUGGACCGGCUUCGCUGCCAUGGUGCGGCGUAGCAUCCGUUCGAUCCAGGUACGCGAGAAAGAGGCUUCGGCGGCUUUGAUGAGCUCCCCGGGCAGCAAGGACAAUCACGGAAACUAA